UGCCUUGUGACCGGAAAGGCCGGGGAGCCGCCGCUGCCGCCUCGACGAAGCCGAGGACGAAGCCGGGGUCUCGCGUGAGGGGCAGCGCCGGGGCUGGAGGGCCGUGAGCGGGCAGAAGCGAGAAGAGGGGCCGGCUGGGGUAGGCCUCGGCCCUGGUGGGUGGGGAGGUAGGUAAGCAGCAGGGCAGCUGGAAAACGCAAUGAGUGUCAAGGCUUUCAAGCUUGUCCCCGCAGUUGAGCGGGAAAUGCUGAUGGGUGACAAAGCUCGGAUCAAUAUCGAAUGCAUUGAAUGCUGUGGAAGGAACCUCUACAUUGGCACCAAUGAUGGGUCGAUCUGCCACUUCCUCUUGGAAGAAAAAAAUUCACCAGCAGAAAAAGCAGCUUUUUCCGUCACCAAACAGCUGCAGAAAUACUUAAGUUUUCGGAAGGCCGUGGGGGAGUUGAAAGCAGCUUCAGCUCUUAAUCGCCUUCUAGUGCUUUGUGACAAUACUAUAACGUUGAUGAACAUGAUGAACCUGGAACCCAUUCCUACAGGGGCUCGAAUCAAAGGAGCUUUGACAUUCACCCUGAAUGAGAACCCCGUGAACGGGGACCCAUUCUGUGUUGAGGUUUGUAUUGUUUCUGUCAAACGAAGGACCAUUCAGCUGUUCUUGGUUUAUGAAGACAAAGUCCAGAUUGUGAAGGAAGUUUCCACUCAGGAACAGCCUUGUGCUGUGGCUAUAGAUGGUCACUAUUUAUGCCUUGCUCUGACCACCCAGUAUAUUAUACUGAAUUACAACACUGGAGUCUCCCAGGAUCUGUUUCCAUACUCUAGUGAAGAAAGACGGCCAAUUGUGAAAAGGAUAGGCAGACAAGAGUUCCUGUUGGCAGGACCUGGAGGACUAGGUAUGUUUGCCACUGUUGAUGGUAUUUCCCAGCGUGCCCCUGUCCACUGGUCAGAAAAUGUGAUUGGUGCUGCUCUCUGUUUUCCUUAUGUGGUUGCUUUGGAUGAAGAGUUCAUUACUGUACACAGUAUGUUGGACCAGCAGCAAAAACAGACACUGCCCUUUAAGGAUGGUCAUAUUCUACAAGACUUUGAAGGGAAAGUAAUUGUAGCAACCACCAAAGGGGUAUACGUUUUGGUGCCACUACCACUGGAAAAACAGAUUCAGGAUCUUUUGGCCAGUCAGAGAGUUGAAGAAGCGUUAGUAUUAGCAAAGGGAGCCCGAAGGAAUAUCCCAAAAGAGAAAUUUCAGACAAUGUAUAAGCGAAUCCUUCAGCAAGCAGGAUUUAUACAGUUUGCACAGCUUCAGUUCCUCGAAGCAAAAGAACUCUUCAGAAGUGGCCAGCUUGAUGUCCGGGAGCUGAUCUCCCUCUACCCCUUCCUGUUGCCUACUACUUCUUCAUUCAUGCGAUCUCACCCUCCUCUCCAUGAAUAUGCCGACUUAAACCAGCUGACGCAAGGGGACCAGGGGAAGAUGGCCAAGUGCAAACAGUUUCUCAUGAGCUACUUGAGUGAGGUGCGCAGCACUGAGGUUGCAAAUGGAUACAAGGAAGAUGUUGAUACAGCUUUAUUGAAGCUCUAUGCAGAAUCUAAUCAUGAAAGCCUUCUAGAUCUGCUGGUCUCAGAAAAUUCCUGCCUUCUCACAGAUAGUGCUGCAUGGCUGGAAAAGCACAAAAAGUUUUUUGCACUUGGGCUCCUGUAUCACUCAAAUGGUCAAGAUGCUGCAGCAUUACAGUUAUGGGUAAAAAUAGUUAACGGAGACAUUCAGGACUCUACACGCACAGACCUCUAUGAUUAUAUUGUAGACUUCCUUACCUCCUGCUCAGACCAUGAAUUGGUGUGGAAGUACGCGGAAUGGGUCCUGCAGCGAAGUGAGGAGGUUGGAGUAUACAUUUUCACAAAAAGGCCUCUGGAAGAUGAACAGAAGAACAGUUUUAAGCCAGAUGAUGUCAUCAACUGCCUUAACAAAUAUCCCAUAUCACUAGUAAAAUAUUUAGAAUUUUUGGUUCUAGAAAGAAGGAUAAAAAAGGAGAAGUUCCACACCCAUCUAGCAGUGCUUUACCUGGAUGAAGUGAUGCAUCUAAAAUCACUGGGUUCAGAGAAGUAUGAAGAAUUGGCCAAAACGCAGACAAAACUACGAAAUCUUCUGCGAAAAUCAGACCUUUAUAGAGUUCAUUUUAUUUUAGAUAAAAUCAGCGGAACAGAUCUUCAUGUGGAGAGUGCAAUAUUAUAUGGAAAAUUGGAAGAGCAUGACAAAGCUUUACAUAUCCUGGUCCAUGAACUGAAAGACUUUGCUGCUGCUGAGGACUACUGUGUAUGGAAAUCUGAGAGCAAAGACCUUCCUUACAGACGGAAACUUUUUCAUAUGCUGCUUUCAGCAUAUCUGAAUUCCAGCACACUAGAUCAUGAACUUGUCAUGGCUGCUGUGGAUCUCCUAAAUAAUCAUGCAGCUGAAUUUGAUGCUGUGUGUGUUUUACAGCUAAUUCCUGACAGCUGGUCAGUGCAACUCCUUUCCUCCUUUUUGACUGGUGCAAUGAGGGAAAGCAUUCAUACACAAAGAAUGACACAGAUUGCAGUGGGCUUAGCAAAUGCUGAGAAUCUUGCCUAUAAGCAUGAAAAGGUAAAACUUAAAGGAAGCCCAACUAUCCUCUCGGACAAAAAACUCUGCCAGGUGUGUCAGAGCCCCUUCUGUGAGCCUGUUUUUGUCCGGUAUCCAAAUGGUGGCGUGGCCCAUACGCACUGUGCAGCAAACAGGCUUGUGAACACUAACACAAAUCAUCAUUUAUCCAGCCCCAGCAGACGGACAUGAAGCACAUUUGAGAUGAUGAUUCUGUGAAACAACCAAGGAGGAUCUGCAGCAUAAAGAACAAAUAAGUCAAGAAGAAGAGAUUUCCCUGGUGUGGAUGGGGUGUCUCCAGCCAAUGUGAAACAUGGCCACCUCACUACUGGUCUUUUGUGAAUGUAGACAGCACAAGAAAUAACAAAUGUUUAUAUAAUCAACAAAAUACUUCCUUACAGUAUGAGUGUGUGAGAGGGAGGGGGUAGGGAGAGGAAACUCUUGGUUUUUUUAAAAGAAAAAAUUGAAACUUGCACUGAGUUUGGUGGUCAGCUGGCCUUGGAAGGGUAGAGGCCAGUGAGGAAGCAAUGCCUUUUUCUCCAAAGAGAUAAUAAUUCAGUCUCUUGAAUAAGUGGCACAAAGCAGCACUUUCUUGAGUGGAGAAUAGCUGCAUUUAUAUUCCCAACUUGGCCUGAAUAUUGCCUGGUGGGACAGCAUCAUGAACUUGUUCUGUGCUUGUUAUACUGUUAUCAAUUGGAUGCACUUUUGAGUCUUUGCUCUCCUUCCUUUUUCUGCCCUGUAAGUCUGUUACAGAGCCUGUUGUAGCACUGACUUCUGGGGAGUUCCUACCCUCGCUGGGACUAAGAAGGGGGCAGGGUGAUGGGAACACCAUAGGAUGAUGAAAGUCUUGAGUUUCUGACACUACUAAUCACAGUGAAGCUACUGGUGUCUGUCCCAGGAAACUAUAAACCAUUUGUGGGUGGGAAGGGCUGAAGGAAGAAGCUUUAAUAAAUGUCAUGACUUAUUUAUUAUCAUACAGAUGUUCUGUAAAUACAAUUGAAUGAAAUGGUUUUAUAUCUUGACAUUCUCUAGAGUGAACAUGCAUAAUCAGUAAUUGCAGGUACAGCUUUUUAAGAGUCUACACCUGCCAUCACAAAGAGCCAUCUUUCCCUGCAAGUAAAGAAAUCUGUGCCUCUGAUCUGUUUUGCAGGAAUGGAUUUACAUAAAGGGAAAAGGAUGCUGUACAGUCAUCAGUAGUUGCAUCCUGAAGGUGCUGAAUAAGCUUGAUAACACUUAAUAAAUACUCUAAUGGAUUCUGAAA